AUGACUGAUCUUGAGAAAAAGAUAGAUGAGACCCAAGAGGUCUACAGCAUCGACUGGUCUCCUGAAGAGGAGGCAGCUGUACGAUUCCACAUUGACAGGACAGUCAUCCCAUUAGCUUUGUUCAUGUACAUCUUUGCCUUCCUUGAUCGAGUAAACAUUGGAAAUGCACGUGCAUACUCCUUGGAUACCAAGACUGGGCUCGGCGCAAUGGAAAGGGAUAACGGCAUGAGCGGGAACGACUACAACAUGGUGCUGUCCAUGUUCUUUGUCCCAUACUGUGCUCUUGAACCGUUUUCCAACCUUGCAUUGAUCCGAUUCCGUCCUUCUGUCUGGCUGUCACGUAUCAUGUUGACUUGGGGUAUCUUCUCAACAUGCAUGGCUGCAUCUGGUUCAUAUGCAGCUUUGAUGACCAUCCGUAUCUUCAUGGGAGCUGCCGAAGCGGGCCUGUUUCCUGGAGUUGCUUUCUGGCUGACGUUCUGGUACAAGCCAUCUGAAAUCUCUGGUCGUAUCUCAUUCUUCUAUGGCGGUGCUUCAUUUGCUACUGCAUUCUCUGGCCUGAUUGCCACUGGUGUCUUCUACAUGGAUGGUAAAGGUGGUCUUGCCGCUUGGAGAUGGAUCUUCUUGCUCGAGGGUCUCCCAUCAGUCAUUCUCGGAAUUGUGUUUUAUUUCUUGAUUCCCGACUAUCCUGAAACUUGCAAGUUCCUGUCUGAGCGUGAACGUGAAAUUGCAGUUACUCGUCUUCGAGUCGACCCUGCCCAUGCCGCCGUCAAAGUCUUCAAGCGAGACGAAAUCUGGCCCGUUUUGCGCGAAUGGCAAUUGUGGGUUCAGACGGCUGUCUUUUUGAUGGGUAUUACUCCUCAAUACGCAAUUGCAUACUUUCAACCUACUAUUUUGGCAUACCUGGGAUACACUGGUGUCGCCUCGCAAUGGAUGACUGUUCCAACCACGCUCUGGAACGCCAUAGGCAUGUUCUUCUUGAUUGUGUCAACGGCUCAAAGAAAAUACGUUUUGUUCUUGAUCAUUCUAUCAAACAUCUCGGACCGCAUCCGUGACCGAUCUGGAAUCCUCAUCUGCGGUCUAUUCAUAACCAGUAUCGCCUUCGUGAUCAUGGCCACAGUGUGGUCGCCUCCUUCCGUUGCAUAUGGAAUGCUCUUUGUCGUCCCAGCUUAUUCUGCGACCGUAUCUCUCUUGCACGGAUGGGUAGCCAACAACCACAAAUCUCACACUGCUCGUGGAUUUGCUAUGGGCCUCAUGAAUGGCCUUGGUGGUAUUUCCGGCGCAAUUGGUGGUCAGAUUUACAGGGCUGCCGAUGCUCCUCACUUCCCAAUUGGUAACUCGAUUAACGCUGGUUUGUUGCUUGCUUCCGCCUUCCUUGCCAUAAUUGUCCGUCUCACAUACGUCUUGGCCAACCGAAAAAUCGAUGCCAGAAACGCUGCACUUGUUGCCAGUGGUGCUGAGUUGACUGAGGAACAAAAAUGGAGAUACACUCUAUAA